AUGAAAGUGCUCUCAAAAGAACAUAUCAGGAAAAAAAACGAGGUCAAACAUGUAAUGGCAGAACUAAGCGUGCUGAAAGCCAACUUCGAGCAUCCUUUCCUCGUUUCUUUGCAUUUUUCUUUCCAGAACAAGGAGAAGUUGUAUUUUGUGCUGGAUCAUCUGAAUGGAGGCGAGCUUUUCUCACAUCUCCAGAAAGAAAGGCAUUUCUCCGAACUACGCACUAGAUUCUACGUCGCUCAGAUUGCAUCUGCUCUUGGAUACUUGCAUGAGAAAUAUGUAAUAUACAGGUAA